AGGGAGAGAGAGAGCUUUCCAGAGCUAGGCGCUGCGUGUCUGUCUCUGUGUCGGGCGGAGUUCCCCGCGAAGACUUUUUUUGGAUCACCAUCCCUCGUUCCCAAAGCCUUUUGUCGUGGACUUGUUUGGACCUUACGUCUCAAGGAGUGUUUUUAUACUUUGUACGUUUUAUGCGCUUACGUUAGGCUACUUUUAAAAAAUAACUACAAGGGAUCACGAUAAAGUCUAUUGAAAUGGAAAAUCUCAGGAUUCUCAGCUGAGGAAUGGACACGUCGGGGGAAAGCUAAUGGUCUCGUUUUUAACUGUAAAAGCGGAGCUGAAAGGACGAGUUGGAGAGAAGUUGCAAAGCUGUUGCUCCCCUUUGUGACUCACCUCCCAUCCACUCUCCCGAGUUUGAUUCAAAGUUGGAAGGCAAGAUGGCGGCCGAUUCCGUGCAGGGGGACACGCGGGGCGUGAUGGUGUCGGAGCGCCUGGGUCUGGGCCACAAUCUGGACCUGUCGGACACCAUGGUGCAGCAGAAGCUGGACGAGAUCAAGGACCAGAUCAAGAGAGAGAUCCGCAAGGAGCUGAAGAUCAAGGAGGGCGCAGAGAACCUGCGCAAGGUGACGACGGACAAGAAGAGUCUGGCCUACGUGGACAACAUGCUGAAGAAGUCCAGCAAGAAGGUAGAGGAGCUACACCAGGAACUGCAGGAGCUCAACGCCCACAUAGUCGUCAAGGACCCCGAAGAGCUGCUCGUAUCGGAGUGCCCGAUGACUCCAGACACGCCGGCCAGUGAGGCGCGCACCUCCACCAACAGUAGCCGGCUAGCUGCCCUCAAGAGGCAGAACGACAUUGAGCUCAAGGUCAAACAGGGUGCGGAGAACAUGAUCCAGAUGUACUCCAAUGGCUCAUCAAAGGACCGUAAGCUGUUAGCGGCGGCACAGCAGAUGCUUCAGGACAGCAGGACGAAGAUGGAGUUCAUCCGCAUGCAGAUCCUGAAGGCGACACAGGCCAACGAGAUGGGCUUCGACAGCAACGACAGCGUGCACGGCGCCAAGCCCAUCAUCAGCCCACUAGACCUGCGCCUGGAGGAGCUGAGACAUCACUUCCGCAUCGAGUCGGCGCUGGCCGAGGGCGCACGCAACGUCAUGAAGCUGCUCGACAAGAUGGCUGAGAAGAAACGACACUCCGAGGCCCAGGCGGUGCUGAGCGACUCGAGUCAGAAGCUGGACCUGUUGAAGUAUUCUCUGGAGCAGCGGUUGUGCGAGCUCCCCAAGAACCACCCCAAGAUCCUGGAGGUGCAGGAGGAGCUGGCCAUGUCGGUCUCGCCCCCCCUCAGCCCCCCCCGCCAGAGCACCAUCAUCAGCAGCACACACAACCAGUACAGCACCGUCGCCAAGCCCGCCGCGCUCACUGGCACGCUGGACGUCAGGCUCAUGGGAUGUCAGGACCUGCUGGAGAACGUUCCGGGUCGUGCGAAGGGCGGCACCAUGACGCUGCCGGGGUGGAGCCCGAGCGACGCGCGCUCCUCGUUCAUGAGCCGCAGCAACAAGAACCGCGCCAGCUCCAAAUCCAGCAUGUCCAAGUCCGACGAACUCACCAAUGAGAUCAGUGCGGUGCUGAAGCUGGAUAACACAGUGGUGGGCCAGACCAGCUGGAAACCCGUCAGUAACCAGGCCUGGGACCAGAAGUUCACCCUCGACCUGGACAGGGCGCGUGAGCUGGAGAUUGCGGUGUACUGGCGUGACUGGCGCUCCCUGUGUGCCGUCAAGUUCCUGCGGCUCGAGGACUUCCUGGAUAACGAACGCCACGGCAUGUGCCUGUACUUGGAGCCCCAGGGGACGCUCUUCGCUGAGGUUACCUUUUUCAACCCCGUUAUUGAAAGAAGACCUAAACUACAAAGACAAAAGAAAAUCUUCUCCAAGCAGCAAGGUAAGACGUUCCUGCGUGCUCCUCAGAUGAACAUCAACAUCGCCACAUGGGGCCGUCUGGUGCGGAGGGCCAUCCCCUCGGUCAACAACUCCUACAGCCCCCAGGUGCCCGAGCUGUCGGAGCUGGGACCCGAGAACGACAACACCCCCAGCGGACCCUCCGACUCGCCAACACUCUCCAGCACUACCGUGACCAAACUUGACUUUGACAAAGACGACACCCCCGUCAACAAGCGCCACUCCAUCGCCGUGGACAUGGGGGAGGGGCUGGGCCUGCCGGAGGGACGCCUGUCGGACGGCAUGGCAGUGCAGGAUGCGCUGGCCUCUUUCGAGUUCCUGGACGAUCGUCGCAGCAGCAUGGUGCUGGUGGGGCCUGGGGGCGGCCAUGACAGUCUGGUGGAGGAGGACACGCGAACGCACACGCCACCAGAGCUGCUGGAACUCAGCGCUCAGCAACCCACAGCAGAUGUCAAGGAGGAGGAGGAGUUCCAGUUCAACCUGAACGACUUCAAGUGUGUAGCGGUGCUCGGACGAGGACACUUUGGAAAGGUGUUACUGGCGGAGUACAAGAGCACUGGGGAAAUGUUUGCCAUCAAAGCGUUGAAGAAGGGCGACAUCGUGGCUCGAGAUGAGGUGGACAGCCUGAUGUGUGAAAAGCGCAUCUUUGAGACGGUGAACAGCGUGCGGCACCCGUUCCUGGUGAACCUGUUCGCCUGCUUCCAGACGCGCGAGCACGUGUGCUUCGUCAUGGAGUACGCGGCCGGAGGAGACCUGAUGAUGCACAUCCACGCAGACGUCUUCUCCGAGCCACGCGCUGUUUUCUACGCUGCCUGUGUUGUCCUGGGAUUGCAGUUCCUUCAUGACCACAAGAUUGUCUACAGAGAUCUAAAGUUGGAUAAUCUCCUGCUGGACACUGAGGGCUAUGUGAAGAUUGCAGACUUUGGCUUGUGCAAGGAAGGCAUGGGCUUCCGUGACCGCACCAGCACGUUCUGCGGCACGCCCGAGUUCCUGGCGCCGGAAGUGCUGACGGAGACGUCGUACACGCGGGCGGUGGACUGGUGGGGGCUGGGAGUGCUCAUCUUCGAGAUGCUGGUUGGAGAGUCCCCAUUCCCAGGUGACGAUGAGGAGGAGGUGUUUGACAGCAUCGUCAACGAUGAAGUCCGCUACCCACGAUUCCUCUCCACGGAGGCCAUCUCCAUCAUGAGACGGCUGUUGAGGAGGAACCCAGAGAGGCGUUUGGGAGCUGGAGAGAAAGACGCUGAAGAAGUGAAGAAGCACCCUUUCUUUAGAAACGUGGACUGGAACGGGCUGCUGGCUAAGAAGGUGCGGCCGCCGUUCGUGCCCACCAUAAAGGGCCGCGAGGACGUCAGCAACUUCGACGACGAGUUCACAUCGGAGGCGCCCAUUCUGACGCCGCCGCGCGAGCCCCGGGUCCUCACCACCAACGAGCAGGAGAUGUUCGGAGACUUCGACUACAUCGCCGACUGGUGUUAGCGAACCGCCACCCACACACCCACCCACCUGAACUCUGCAACCCUCAUAAUACCCCCUUGACAUGCAAGAAUCGAGAGAACGGAACUGAAAAACGCCAUCGUUUCACUCAACACCAAAAUGGUGGCAAAAACAAAACUGCAGUCCGACCUGCCAUCAGCUGUUUUGAUACUGUCAAUACUGUGAACCCUGAACAAGCAAGACUCACUCGAGUCGUCAGAACAUGUAGGGGGGAUAUCGUGACCCCAACACCCCCAUUGGGGCGUGGUCCCCCUCCCCCACCACCUUGGUGACCCUAAAAAGCAACCCUGCAGUUUUGGUGGAUGUUGAUGGAUGGUUUUCCCCUCCUCUCCUCUGUCCCUCUACUCUACUCUUCCUGUCUCUGUGCCAUUGAAGGGACUGACCGUCGUUUCUAAAAAGGAAGGAAGCUUUUAAAUGAACUGAACUGAACUGAAAUCAGCCGAGACUAUUUGUACAUGCAAGUCUAUACGUAUACGACAAACACACACGUCAUCAAAGGCGUAAUGGCCUACUAUGCUAUAUGGUCUCUCCAUUAUGUCUUGUCGGAGCACUGGGAAUGUUUAAAAAUGGACUCCUUUUGUAUAAGAUCAAGCUGAACUGGAUGACUCACUCUUCUGUCUCAUAUGCCCCCCUCUCCUAGCCUGAUAAACCAGCCUAAAUGUGAGACCGGAGUAAUUUAGUCUGGCCCCGAUGAACGAUACCUCGGACGAUUGCUGAUGAGAACAACCUGUUGUUUUUUCAAACCGUGCCGGCGCUCUGACCAAUCGGCGAUCUUUGCCGUUGAUGUGCUUUCCCAACGGUGUUGCAAGCUUCGUCGUCACUCCCUCAAAACCCUGCCCGCUUUGAUUCAAAACACAUCUCUGCGUUGUAAUUGGUUUUGCCAGACUCAGGGCACAGUGUUCAAAACGUUCUCAAAUCCGUGGCCAGACCCACUCGCAGCUGAAACAUUUUCGGCGCCAAGAGGGUGGCGCUGGUUUACCAGGCUACCCCUCUCCCCCUCCUUUUGGUAUGCUGAGCUGUGUCAAAGUUAUAAUGUUUUUUGGGUUUUUUUGGUCACCAAUGGAGAAAAGAAAUGCGCCAUAGUUUUCACUCAAAUAUAAAGUCAAAUACUUUGUUGAUGUUGUAUCGGCCUGAAAGGCAGAGCUAAUGUGCCUGGUAAUGAAAUGGGUAAAGAGUGUGUCUGAGCGGUUAUCGGACUCGUUUAUAGCCUGGUGUGGGGUGGAAUUAAGUUAUGGGAAUACCCUACACCGCAUAAUGCACUCUUAAAGAGACCUGUCACCUGCACACGUCUAGGACAAUCACUGGCCAUCAGAACCGACCCCUAAAUCACAACACUACAUUUUCACAUGUUUGUAUUUAUAAUAUCGUUUUUUUUUAUUAUUAUUAUUAUUAUUAUCGAUGUUGCUAUUAUUAUUAUUUUGAGUUCGUUAAGUUCGUUCCCCAUAUCGCCUUAAAUUCUGUCACAGAUAAAGGGCUCACAAAACACUAAUCGACAGGUACUUUAGGGAUAAACAAUCAACCAACCAAAGCUAGCUGCCAAAUACUGUACCGCUCCCUCUGAAACUUCUCGAGACAUGACAUUGGGUGCGUUCCAAUAUGCAACCUUGCUUCCUCCACUUGUGCUUUUGGCCUCGUACCAAGAAGUAACAUGUCAUGAUGACAUCACUGACAACAGCAUUACAUUUCAAUAUCUUGCGAAAGCUCAAUUUUUAAGUGUUUUUCUCAUUUGCAAUUGGAAUGAUGAAUGAAAAACAGUCCCCCAAAAGUUUUUGUGGCUAGGCUGACAGCUGGGAAACUUAAUUGUUUUCUCCACAGAGGAGGGGCCAGGAGGCGGGGCGAGGCCAUAAGCACAAGUGGAGGAAGCAAGGUCACAUAUUGGAACGCAACCAUUGGUCUGGAAGGUGACGAUGCUAAUGGGUGAUAGCAUUUUACAUUUGUAUGUCGUUUCACAAUGAAAACACAAAGAAAAAAAAAACAAGUUGUAACAGCAUUGAGUUGUGAACUAUUUUUUCCCCACCAGACAUCCAGAUACCGUUAGCAAUCAUCAUAACAGUUGAGAAACAAAACAAAACAAAAGAAUACAAAGCAACCAUGUAAGUUAUAGUUUUAUACUGUAUUUUAGGAUGAUAGCAUUUGGACCUGCUGUAUGGUGUGGUAUGACAUGUCUGUGUUUUAAUAUAUGGAUGUGAUGUGAGGACGUCAUAAAAGGAGAGGGCAGCUCAGAUGGAGAGAGCCCUUCGGAACUUCUCAAAAUGGAAUGUAAAAAUGUAUAUUCAUCAAAAAGAAAACAAAGUGUAUAUUUUUUUCUUUUGUUUGUUUGGCAUGCAUGGAUGCCAAAUCAGGCUGUAUUUUAAAUAGUGUUUUUUUUCUCUUUCUUUUUUUGUUUUUUGUUUUUGUUUUUUUUAAAGGUAAGACAUUUGUAGUCUGGCUGUUUUUAAAUAUCACCGAAGCUCUAUCCGUUUCUUUUCCCGAUGCCACGUGAAUGAGAGCAAGAAAGAGAGAGAGAAAGAAAGAAAGACAGAAAGAGACCGGCCCCCGGUGUUGUCUCACAGACAGACUUGGAUAUUGACCUCAGAUGCUCCUCACUGGUCCAUUGACAUUGUAGCACUUGGGCAUUGAAGUACAGUACGGAGGGAGGUCUGGGACGCAGACUGUAGUACAGUACGGACUCCUGGGACUGCAGACUGUAAAGACCAACGAUGCUGGCUGGCUGCCUCCCUCCCUCCCUCCCUCUCCCCCCCACACACACACACACACAGACAAGCACAUAUUCUACACACACACACACACACACACACGUGCGCACACACAGACAAGCACAUAUUACACACACACACACACACACACACACACAGACAAGCGCAUAUUCUAUAUACACACACACACACACACACACACACACACACACACACACACACACACACACACACACACACACACACACACACACACACACACACACACACACACCACUCCCCCACCACUCCCCCACUCCCUAACCUCAUCCUCCCCCUGCUGGACUGGAUAGGAGCAUGUGUACCCACCACACACCACCACACCACAGCAUAGUGGGUGGGCCAGCCUGGACCUCACGCAGGGGAGUCAUGCAGGGGAAUGGACACUCACUCACUGCCCCCCCCACCCCCUGUGCCCCCCCACUUUCACUGAAGACGACCAGUGGAUCACCAAAAAUAACACUAAUGACGCUCUCACUCACACACACACACACACACACACACACACACACACACAAACACACACAAACACACAUACACACACAAACACACACACACACACACACACACACACACACACACACACACACACACACACACACACACACACACACACACACACACACACACACACACAAAUGGACACCAGACCCACACACACACACACACACUUUCAUAGAAAUGUCAGCAUCUUAUCCUCCCUCACCCCUUCUUCCCUUUCUCCUCAGCCCAAUCUUCCAAAGGAGCGUCUGUGAGGAAUGUAUGAGAUGAAUAAACGUAUGGAGAACCCUG